UUGCGAAGAACUCUAGCUAGAGAGGGAGCUGAGUGAGGCUACGUGCUUGAUUGAACGGAAGAAAUGACAGAAAGAGAAAGGACUAAUUUAGAUCUCCCUUGUCAUGGCAUUUUCACCAGCUUUCCCUGCAGUGCUACUGCGUAGCACUUGUAGAACCUUUAAGGAUUGCUUACAAGUAAGCAGAAGGUUCUCACGAUCGCCUCAUUUAUCGCAGGAGGCAAUUGAUUACGGAUAUGUGGCGGUCGCGGAGGCCCAGGCCUUCAUGGAGAGGUGUAUGGUCGCCACAGGGGUUUCCACCGAUCAUGCUUCAGCCCUAGCGGAAGUCCUGGCCUGCGCUGACCACAGAGGGCACUAUAGUCAUGGGAUGAAUCGCUUAGAAAUGUAUGUUAAAGACAUACAGAGUGGUAUCACAGAAAAGACUGGAGAGCCUACUAUAUUAAAGGAACUUGCGGGUACAGCUUGGGUAGACGGUAAUAAUCUACUAGGUCCUGUUGUGGGGAAGUUCUGCAUCGAUCUUGCCAUAAAGAAAGCCAAGGAAGCUGGUAUAGGAUGGGUGGUUGCAAAAGGUUCCAAUCAUUACAGUAUUGCCGGAUGGUACACGUUAAGAGCUAUAGAGCAAGGAAUGAUUGGUCUCAGUACUACAAACACAUCGCCUCUAGUGGUGCCUACCAGAGCAAGAAAGGCAAUGUUUGGAACAAACCCUAUUUCGUGCGGUGCACCGGCCGAGAAUGGGGACAGUUAUGUACUUGAUAUGGCCACUUCCACUGUAGCGUUGGGGAAGAUAGAAUUGAAUGCUGUAAAGGAGAUCCCAAUUCCGAACGGCUGGGGAUGUGAUGCUUCCGGAACGGAGUCUAAUGAUCCCAAAGCCGUCAUAUCAGGAGGAGGAUUACUCCCGCUGGGUGGGUCGGAGAUCGCAGGUGGAUAUAAGGGCUAUGGUCUUGCCAUGAUGGUGGAGGUUCUUAGUGGCAUCUUAGGAGGAGGGGCCUUCGGACCCAACAUCAGGAAAUGGAAAACAAGCAACCAAGUAGCAAAUCUGGGCCAGAUAUUUGUAGCCAUCAACCCUGAGGCUUUUGCGCCUGGUUUUGAAGGGAGAAUGAGCUCACUCAUGGACAUGUGUCGGAGUGCUGAACCUGCAGAGGGAGAAACAGAGGUUCUCGUAGCUGGCGACCCGGAAAGGAAGAACAUUGCCAAGGUUGAAAAAGAUGGUGGUCUGAGGUAUCACAACAACCUAUUGAGGAAUAUGGAUACCUUAGCAGCAGGUCUCGGAGUAAAGCCCAUCAAGAGAAACUAAAUUAAUAAACAUCUCACCUAUCCAUACACUUGUACUACACAGUCUACAUGCACAACAGUAAUAGAUCUAGAGGAGAAUGCAAGAUAUUAUGUCUGCAAUUAUUGGUAAAGUGGCCUUUUUCAUUUGAAUGUUACCAUUUGCCAUUAUACCACGAGUUUAAAUUCAUCAGUGCUUUUCUCAUACAGCCUUCAUCUUAAUAGAAAAAACCAAUCAUACCAAUCCAUGUUCAAGUCCUUUGGAAGUGCAUAGGGACGUCAUGUCAUAAUUUCAUAUGCACUUUUAUACUGUGUCUUAUUAUUGAAGUGAGAGCAUGAAUAACCAUGUUAUAUGUUAUUAAAAGAAAUUAAUGAAAAAAAAAUGGAUUGAACUUUAACACAUAUUGGAUAUUUGCUCAGAGUACAGUUAGAUUUUUAUAUUUGGUAGGGUUGUUUUGGUAGUCAUAAUUGGUUUAAGAUUAUAUCAUGUAUAUAGUUUUAAAAGGAGUUCAUGUUAAAUAUGAUGCAGAGCCCUUAUCUGUUGGUUUUGUAUGGAAACGUGGUGUAGUGGUUCCCACUCUCGCGUCUCAAUCUGAGGGCAGUGGGUCAAAUCCUACUUCAGGUGUUGAUUUUCUUUGGCAAGAAAUUCAUCCAUAAUUUGCUUCACUUGACCCAGGUGAGAUGACUGGGCAUCUAGUAAGAUUUAUGCCAUGAACGCUUUAGCACCUACAUGAAUGGAGGCCCAGGUAAAGCCUGGGUAAUGACAUAAUACAUGUAUCCAAUGCAAUAGCAUCACACGAUCAGUUGAUAUUGUAUGAGUGAUGGAGAUUGUUUGGGAAAAGAAAAAUGUAGUGUUUUUAAACUGAGGAAUUUCCUUUGAAGAGAUAAACAAUUUUCAAGUGACAAAUGAAUUAAGAAUAUGAAACAACACUUGAGAAGUAUUAUGUAUUUGAUUCACGAUUUUAUUGCAUUAAUAUAUUUAAGUGAUUGCCAGAAUUGUGUAGCCUUUAAUAUUUCUUUGUGGAGUCGAAGUGCUCUUAAACAUUGCACAAAUAAAUCAUCUUUGUUUUUACUGUGGGACAAAAUAGCCUGAUGAAUGUGAUAUGAUUGGUAGUUUAGGGAAUGCAGUGUGUUCAUGACCAGAAUCAUACAAUGGUGGAGGCAAAAAUUUUCAACUGCGUGAAGUUGAGAGUCCAUCUUGGUUUUCUCGCACAAAUGAACAUUGUUUCUACCAGAAUAUCAUUGUUGUAUUUCCCUCAUGUUUCAGAUGUCCAUCUUUUGUCCAUUUUAUUCUUGUGUGUGUUUGUAUUUGAACAGCUCAGAGCUAUGCUAUUAUCAUUUGUGAUGUUUGUUUUGUAGAAGAUUUUAUGAGAUUUUAUGUGGGCCUUCACAAAUUUAUGUUGUUAUGGCCUUCUCUGUGUUAUUAAAUAAAAAGUUUGAUAUGUAUUCAUUGUACUCGGCAUCACAUUCUGAUCAUUAUUCCACGGAAAAGACAGAGUAAUUUACUGAAAACUCAGGCCUUUGUAGAGAGACCUGUUUCAUGGAACUUGUUAUCAAUCUCAACUUUAAGAACUUAAAAUUGAAAUCUUCUUUAAUAACUGAGACCAUGUCAUUUUGUUGGUCUGCAAGCCCUGUUUCAUGAAACUUGUUAUCAAUCUCAACUCUAAUUGUAUUGGCCAAUCAGAAUCAUGGUUGCAUGCACAUUUCAUCCAAAACACUGUCCAGGAACCAAUCAGAAAUCUUCUUUCAUAUUUGCACUCAUCAGUAAACAUUUGUGUUACAGGUGUCCAAAAGUGAUAAGAAUUAUAGUUUUAACAGACUUAAUUCUCAGAUUGAUCAAAAUAUAGUUUUAUUUUUUUGUUAUUGAUAGCAGGUUUUAUGAGACAGUUCCUCAAUCAUGAAAAUAAAGGAGAUAUAAAGUAUGAUUGAAAGGCAAUAAAAUUAUUUCAUUAUUUCAAAAUGUUCCGUACCAUUUAUCAUUACUGCCUCAGGUUUGAAAAUCAUGCUGAAAGCCAUUAAUGUGUACAUUCAAAAGCCUGUAAAUGCAUGUAUGAAAAGUCAUGUUCAAUAUCGUGUAUAUGCAUCUCAGGUUCAGAGUAGUGAUGGUUUCUUUCCUUAUCUCUGUGUGAAUGGUUUGUCAAAAAGAAAAAAAAAACAGAUUGAAAUUGCAGGGGCCUUCUAUUGUUAUUACUGAAGUAUUUUGGUUUGCUGAUUGUUAUAAUUUUGCAAUUGCUUGCCAAUAUUGUUAAAAAGAAGAAUUCAAGUAAUUUGGCAUUACAGAGGUAUACUCUUGUAGACAAUUUUGGAUUAUAUGUGUAUGGAUCUUGUAGUCUUUGGAAUUCAGCUAUUGUUAAUGCAACCUGUAUCUUGUGAUGACAACUAUUCAUGUAAUCAUUGCAUGAUAUUUAUCCAGAGAAGGGUUUGAAAGUUCAACCUAGGAAUAAGGGGUCACGGUUCUGUGUACGCGCCCUUCUAGGCGACCCAGAUUGGCUGGCUCCCCCCAGAAUGCGCCUUUGAAUGUCUUUGACAGAUAUAUUGCGCUAUACAAAUGCUGUGCAUCAUCAUCAUCAUCAUCAUCAUAAGAGCAACCAAAGUCCCCCCGUAAUCAAGUGAUUUCCUAAGAUAUAAUGGGCAAUUCCAUGAAAUAUGUAAGUCCGAACCCCAUGAAUUUGGGACCUUCAUGAAAUUUUCUGUCUCUGAUUUUUUGUUCUUUUGAGUCUGUAAAGCUCUCAAAUGCUCAUGACUUGGUCAGUAUAUGAAUAGAAGUAAAACUUGAGUAAAAUGGGGGCCGGAUGAACAAAAAAGUUGGUUAUUAUAUGGAAUUGCCCUAGUAUAUAGUGUAUAGUGAUAUAUUUUUAAUGUGCUUACAAAGGGAAUGAAAUAAGAAACCUAUUUUAAUCAUGUAUUGAUUAUUUGAUCAUAUGUACAAAGUGUGUAUGAAAAUAGGCCUAGCCUGUUGGUUUUGUAGUAAUUUAUAACAGUUUUAACAUUGCAAUGAAAUAUCAAUAUAUUUUAAUAGAUUAAGGAAUAUAGUAUUAAGUAUGGUAUUGAUUAUCUAUUAACAUACAUGUAAUACUGAAAUCUUUGAUACUGCACUCUUUGUUCUUUUAAAAUUGAAGUUGAAAUAUGUAUUGAUGAUGGUAAAGUUUUUCAUACGAUUAAUGUCACAUGAAUUAUUUUAUUUGUAAUUGCCGUUUUUUAUUGAAGAGACAUGAUGCACGAUUUUUGCCUAUUACUGUAUUUCCCUCUUCAUUUUUCCAUGCAUAUAUUUCAGCCCCUUCAGGAUGUAUAUCUAUUAAAGCAUAUAUAUGAUA